CUGGUGCUGGCGUUGGGAGGCUGCAGCGCUCGGUGCCCGAGCAGACUAAGACCCUCUCAGUCUCCUGCAGCUCGCAACUUCGCCCAGGGGCCGGUCCCGCUCCUGGGCACUGAUUAGCGGGGGGCGUGCUGCGGUCCCUGGGUUGGCUCUGCCCCCGGGAGGGAAUGUGGAAAUGGCCGGUGACAGGAGCCCUGGGGUCUUGAGCCGGCAGCGUUUCGGGUUCUUGCUGCUAGCUGCGGCGGCGGCUAGUGGGCUGUGCGGCGGGGUCUCUGCAGUCAAGUCUCCCAGCUGCCACGAAGUGAGGACGGCGUUUCAGAUCCGGCAGAUCGGUCCCCUCAAGCUGGUUCCCGAUGUGCCCACUGCCGAAUCGGAUUUGCAGAUCUGCCAGCACAGAGCACCAACCUGUUGCACUAAAAAGAUGGAAGAAAGCUACCAGACAGCUGUUCGGAGAGAGAGGACUCAGAACAUCCAGGCCUUGAACUUUGAACUGAAAUAUAUGAUAGUUGGUCAUAUCACAGCUUUUCAAGAGGCCUUUGAGUCAUUGCUUCGCUUUGCAGAGAAUCAUACAACCUCCCUGUUUGAGACGGCUUACAGAACCAUGGCAAAAGAAGCUGCAGAGCCUGUCAAAGAACUUUUUACAGACCUCUCUCUGUAUAUUUUGGGUGCUGAGACUACAGUGGAAAAUGCAGUUUUACGGUUCUUCGACAGUGUCUUUCCUUUGGUUUACAGUCGGCUAAUAAACCCUGGAAUUAUAGAUUUAUCAGAGGAAUAUACCGAGUGUCUACGACUAACAAGACAAGACAUAAAUCCCUUUGGACGUUAUUCUAAAGAAGUGGUUACAGAGCUGUCAAAAUCUCUUUGGGCAAGUAGGAUGCUAAACCAGGCCCUCAAUAUGGGCAUUGAAGUGAUAAACACAACUGAACAUGCCACUCUUACAAAGGAAUGUAGCAGAGCACUAGUGAAGAUGCAGUACUGUCCACAUUGCCAAGGACUGACACUAAUCAGACCUUGUGUGGGAUAUUGUCUAAACGUAAUGCGAGGCUGUUUGGCCAGUGUGUCAGAGCUGGAUACUCAAUGGAGGGAGUAUAUCUCCACACUGGAAUAUCUGACUAAUGAAAUGGCUGGGUCGCAUGAUCUGGAACUUGCACUUCUGGGAAUCAGGAAUUCAAUCAAUGAAGCCAUCCUGCAUGCACAAUUGAAUGGGCCGCAACUCUCUGCCACAGUUGACACAGUGUCAGUAUAG